AUGGCGAUUCUUCUGUCUUUCUUCUUACGUCUAUUCCCUCCUGUUCUCUUGUUCGUAAUCUACACCAAGAAGAUAAAAGACUCAAGCCAGAAACUUUCUCCUAGCCCACCAAAGCUUCCGUUCAUCGGGAACCUACUCCAGCUUCGAGGAUUGCUUCAUAGAUGUCUUCACGAUCUCUCCAAGAUUUAUGGACCGGUGAUGCAUCUCAGUCUAGGGUUUGUCCCAGUUGUGGUAAUCUCAUCAAGUGAAGCAGCUGAAGAAGUUCUAAAAACCCAUGACCUAGAGUGUUGCACACGUCCCAAGGCUCUUGGCAUGCAUGCGACAUGUAAUGGUAAAGACAUUGGUUUUGCGUUAUACGGUGAGGAAUGGAGAGAAUUGCGGAAGCUUGCUGUUCUCGAGUUCUUCAACAUGAAAAAGGUCAGAUCUUUUAGGUAUAUUAGAGAGGAAGAAAAUGACUUGAUGAUCAAGAAACUGAAAGAAUCAGCUUUGAAGCAAUCUCCGGUGGAUUUGUGCAAAACACUUUUCUUUCUGUCUUCUAGUAUCAUAUUUAGAUCAGCCUUCGGACAGAACUUCUCGGAAACCAAACAUAUCAAUAAGGAAAAGAUUGAAGAAUUGAUGUUUGAAGCUCUAACAAAUAUGUCAUUCAAAUAUUACGAUCUCUUCCCUACUGCGCUUGGCCUUGGAUGGUUUAUGGACUUUAUUUUAGGAGAACACAAGAGACUUCAUAACAUUUUCGUCGAGGUUGAUACUUUUAUCAAGAAAGUGGUUGAUGGUCAUUUGAAGAUUAAACCAAAAAAAAAAAAAACUAAAUACUGUCCUGAUAUCAUUGAUGUGAUGUUGGAAAUGGCACACAAGCACGAACAAGAUGAUUCUUUCAAGCUCACAGUUGAUCAUCUCCAUAGAGUCGUCUCAGUAAGCAUAUUACUCUCUGGAGUAGACACAAACGCCAUUAUCAUGAUUUUUGCAAUUGCGGAGGUCAUGAGUGGAAACCCUAGAGUAAUGAAAAAAGCUCAAGACGAGAUCCAAACUUGCACUGGAGUCAAACAGGAAGAAAGAAUCGUGGAAGAAGAACUCAAUAAGGUUCAAUAUUUACAUCAUAUUUGA